AUGUCCCAGAAAGUUAUCCGCCUCAGUGGCCCAAGGACAUCGGUUCGCAAUCUCAGCUUUGCUUACAUUCGGAACUUUUCCCAAUUCUCCGACGGCAAUUCUCGAGAGAUAUUCUCUUGGAAUGUUGCUUCUAUCGCCCGUGCUCUCCGUUUAUCGCCAUCUGCAAACCACGAAUGGGAUGAACUAUUGGCGGCCCAUCAUGUGACUCAUUUCAUGGGUAUAUUGGUCAGGCUUGGUAUACAGUAUAUCAAACACAAUCGAGCAUCGCUAUGGAGCAUUGAGGCUGCGUUAUGUGGGUUGGGAUGUUCCGUUUUCCUCGACAAGUGGCUUCGAGCAUUUCGUACACCCACCGGUCCUAAGUCUUUAACAGACCAAGAACAUUUGCUCAUUGCAUGGACUCGAGAUAUCGUCCGCGACGGCUCAAUAUCUAUCAACGCUGUUUGCCCUGAUCUUUCCUCAGAACGGCCUGAAGAUUUAGUCAACUACACUAUCGAGGUUUGGUGUCAUAUCAUGCAGGGCGAUUCUCCCUGGCCGUUUAUUAAUACCCCAUACCGUAACUCAUUGAGCAUGAUGAAAGAUAUCCGGACACCCAGUCGGCUGGCCCUCAGACCUCUUCAUGUGCGUAACACCCUUUAG